ACAGCAACGGAGGGCACAGAUCUGUUCACGGUACUGGUGCAUGAGCUUGGUCACGCCCUCGGACUGACCCAUUCAUCAGCACGCCAAUCUGUAAUGCGUCCAUACUACCAGGGGCCACUAGGAGACCCGUUACACUUUAGCCUGGGACACCAUGACCUUCAACUCAUCACAGCCCUUUAUGGUAAGAGGGGUAACCAUGUUCCAACGGACAGACCUCUUCUUGUGACGGAAGCUCAAUCGCGUCACAGACAUGGAGGAAUACACCGGCUCACACACAUGUACAGACAUGCUCACAGCCAUUUGGACAGUUCUGUGGAUCGCUGUAACACCAGUUUUGAUGCAGUUGCCAAGAUUCGAGGAGAGAUCUUCUUCUUCAAAGGGCAGAACAUGUGGAGAGUGAGCAGAGGUGGUCUGGUGUCAGUCAGGGCUGUUCCUGUACAGAGACUUUGGUCAGCACUUCCUUCUACACUGCCUCCACUGCGAGCGGUUAUGGAAAGACACACAGAUCAUGCCAUCAUCUUUAUCAGUGGUUCCCAGGUUUGGCUGUUUAAGGAUCUGUCACUCCAAGAGGGUUUCCCUCAGCCUCUGUCUACUCUGGCUCCUGAGGACUCAGAAGGAGGGUGGCAAGGAUUGCACUGGGACCCAAAGCAGGGUGUGGUGUGGGGGUCUGUGAGAGAGGAUGGAGAGCAAGGAGAGAAAAGCGAAGUCUGGAGAGAGCUCAUUGAAGAAGGAGUGAAUGGAAUCAUCAUGGAGAAUGCCGAUGAGAGAGAAAGGACUGGGGACUUUAAGGGUUCAACCUAUCUUUUCAAAGGCAAUUCCUACUGGAAAUUUACUCACCCAGGCUCCGCCCCUGAAGAAGGAUACCCUCGGAUUCUGGCCACUGAUUGGUUGGACUGCCCUCAGCCUUCCUCUUACAGCCCCCGUGACAUCUCUUUGAUCUCCCACUACGGUCAACAGGAGCUUCGUGAGCAGAAAGGGCAAAGAAUAAUCGACCAGAUCAGGCACAAUGACAAAACCGAAAGAGAUAAACCUUAUCGCUGGGACUGUCCAUGUCUAAACAGUGCAGUGACUCAAAGUGGACCUAUUUUACUGCCCAUUUUAUUUCUGAUCACUGGGACUUGUAAUCCAUCACUUUAAUUUUUUCCACAUCCAAGUUUACAUAGUCAUACCCCAAAAUAAAGUUUUCCUUGACUUUCAAUCUCUGACCAAAGGAAGUGACUACAAUAGUUGGUAAGAAGAUUUCUAACAACCACUAAACAUUAAUGAUUUACAGUUCACAGAGUCUGUCAGCUCACUAAAGAUUUUACUAAAGACGGCAAAUAAUAUUGUGCUAGAGUUUAAAAGUAUAACAAUAUAUACAUGUAGUAUUUUGAUUCUGAAGAUGUAGAGAGCAAAUGUCAUAAAAUGACUUGACCAUAAAAUGUCAUAAAAUGAUGUUCAAAAUGUGAUUUAUUCAUACAUUCCCUUAUUAAAAUAGUUUGAGAAUUUUGAUUAAUCAUGAAGUGCAUAUAAAAAUGACUGUGCUUGUCAUACACUUGGGAAUUACCAAUGUACUUUUAUAAGAUAAUGUACUACUGUGGGAAGGAUGGUCAAAUAA